AUGGCAUUUCGCGAGCGUGAUGCUGCCGCUGCUGCUGCUGCUGCUGCUGCUGCAAAUGCAAAUAAGGCACUUCCUUCUGCAACUGAUCGGUCUGCUAGAUCUGUUUUCGUUGGUAAUAUAUCGUAUGAAGUUGGUGAAGACCAGUUGAAACAAGUAUUUUCUCAGAUUAUUUUCACGGCUUAUGAUAUUCUUGAUACCAAGGUUGGACCAGUUGUUCAUUUGCGUUUAGUACACGAUCGGGAUACGGGUAAACCGAAAGGUUAUGGGUUUUGCGAAUAUAAUGAUGCACAAACUGCCGAGAGCGCAAUUAGGAAUCUGAAUGGCUUUGAGUUAAAUGGGCGUCCAUUGAGAGUUGAUUCAGCUGUUGGGGGGGAUCGCAGUGCUGAUGAAGUUCAGCAGUUACAAGCAGCUUUUGCAGCCCAACAACAAGAAUAUUUGCAACAGCAGGCGCAAGAAAGUCCUUAUGGCCCAGAAACUGAUCCAGAAAAGGUGCCAGAAGCUAUUUCGCGAUCAGUAGCAUCUUUGCCACCCGAACAGAUGUUUGAGUUAAUGAAGCAGAUGAAACAGUGUGUUCACAAUAAUCCCAAUGAAGCCAAGAACUUACUCAUGACCAAUCCACAACUUGCAUAUGCUCUCUUACAAGCCCAAGUUGUAAUGCGCAUUGUCGAUCCGCAAAUGGCAAUUGCAAUGCUUCAUCGUGAAACACCAGCAAUCACACAGCCGUUUCAUCAACAGCAACCACAAGCAUUUACAGAUAUGACAGUGCCGGUCUCAAUGCCAACCGUUUCCAGUGUGCCACAGCCAAUGUUCCCUACACCAGUGCCUCAGAUGACACCUCCAUCAGUGCCAGCUGGUUUCCCCAGAGGAACAUCAGGGCCUGUAGUUACUGGUGCAUCUUCACCUCAAGUAACAGAUCCGGAAUUAAGUCCUGACGAUCAACAACAAGCUCAACUGUUGAUGCAGGUAUUACAACUAAGUGAAGAACAGAUUGCUUUACUUCCUCCAGAUGAUCGAAGAAAAGUAAUUGAAUUAAGGAAUCAGUUGCGUUCCAGUGUUUAG